AAAGGACGCUGGGGGCCUGGGAGGCUCCUUGCUCCCGCUGCAUGCUGGGAACGGUAGUUUCCUUAGUCCCCCAAGGUGGUGCCUUGGACAGAUGCGCGUCCGGUGUUUGAGCUCGGCGGCGGCGGCGGCAUCCGAGGCUCGGCCGCGGGGCUGGCGCGGAUCGGGCCGGCUGGAGAGAGGCGACUCCUCUGGCGCGAUUUGGGAAAAAGGAUGUAGCUGGGGCGUCCGGAGAGUUUAGCAACUACAGCUGAUGAAAAGCGAGGACCGACAUGAUUUAAGUCAGAUCCCCAUUGCCUCUGAUGGGGCUGCAGGUCCUUGCAGAUUUGUAAAAGAUGCUGGGAGUCGGGAUCUCGGCAGAUCGGAAAGGAGACUUGUACAAGGACUUGGCGUUUCCGGCUAGUGACGAUUCUCUGUUUUUCAACUGUUCUACUCCGUUGGCUCAGUUCAAAGGAGAAAUUUAUUGGCUGAGACCCCAGGAGAUCUGCUCUUCACCUCGAUUAUUUUCAGACAAUCAACAUGAAUGGCAGGUCAAGCAAGGCAUGCUGGGGGAUUGCUGGUUUCUCUGUGCCUGCGCCGCUCUGCAGAAAAAUAAAUACCUGCUAACCAAGGUUAUCCCUCCAGGUCAGCCCAGCUGGAAGGAUGAGAAAUACCGAGGAUGUUUCACCUGUCGCAUCUGGCAGUUUGGCCACUGGGUGGAGGUGACCAUCGACGACCGGCUGCCUUGUCUGGGGGGCAAGCUCUGUUUCUCGCAGUGCCAGACGGAAGGCGUCUUUUGGCUCCCCCUGCUGGAGAAAGCUUACGCCAAGGUUCACGGAUCUUACGAGCAGCUCUGGGCAGGCCAGGUUGCCGAUGCCUUAGUUGACCUGACCGGAGGCCUUGCAGAACGCUGGUCGCUCAAAGACCUGAGCCAAAACCCAGAACGCGAGCGGGCCGGCAAAGUCCUGGAGAAAACCGUGUUCAGACGGUUCAUGGACCUGAAGGAGAAAAGUGUCAUGAGCUGUUCCGUCUUCAGUUCACGGCAAGGAACCAGCCAGCUGGGGGAAUUCCACGCCUUCAUUGUGGUCGACAUGCAGGAUCUUUCCAAGGUGUCCAGGAAAGAGACAAUCCUGCUGCGGAUUCGGAAUCCCUGGGGGAGGCGCUGUUGGAAAGGCCCCUGGAGGGAAGGAGGUCCAGGGUGGAGUCAGCUAGAUCCAGUGGUGGGCGCUGAACUUUUAUCCCAGCUACAGGAAGGAGAUUUUUGGGCUGAAGAAGAGGAAUUUUUCACGGAAUUUGACGAGGUCAUCACCGGGUAUCCGGUCACGGAAGAAGGACAGCUUCAGAGUCUUUACACAGACAAAGUGCUCAGCCACACGCAGAAGCUGUACGGAUCCUGGGUGCGAGGGCAGUCGGCCGGCGGUUGCCGUAACAACAGCACCUUCCCCACGAACCCCAAAUUCUGGCUGAGAGUCUGUGAGCAGAGCGAGGUCUGCAUCGCCCUCCUGCAGAAGCCCCGGAAGCACAGCGCAGAUUGGGCCGGCAGGAUUCGCGCCUGGCCUCGCCUCCCGGAAGCGGAUCCCUCCUUGGUGGAUAACGUCCGAGGGAAGAAUUACCACGCCCUGGGCUUGCACAUCUGGAAGAUUGAGAAGAAGCAGUUCAACCUUCCCAAGACCCUCUCGGCUCCCCCAGUUGUGAGCACGGCCUGUCAUUCCUUCAACCGAGAGGUACACCUCCGUUGUGACCUGUCUCCUGGAUACUACCUGGUGGUGCCCAGCACUUUCCUGAAUAACACUGAAGGGAACUUCCUGCUCCGGGUCUUCUCCAGCGGAAGAAUUUCUCUCAGUGAGAUCAAGCUGUCUGUGCUGGACAACACCAUCCACGAAGAAUUCCCGGGAGGCGAGUGGGAGACGGCGCAGCUGGAGGGAUCGUGGAAAAAAGGCCACAGUGCCGGAGGCAGCCGGAACUUCCCUUCCUUCCAUACCAAUCCUUGCUUCCCUUUGUCGGUUCCUGCCGGGUUGGGACAAAGAAGCAUCAAGGUCUCUCUCCAUCAGCACUGCCCGGAUAACAAGUGCCGUCCAAUUGGGUUUCAUAUCUUCCAGGUUCCCAGUGACAACAACCGGGUGAAAAUGCCUUCCACAGCUUUCCUGCAAUUGGAGCCGGUAGUUAGUUGCGUGCCUCAUUGCUACUCUCAGGAAAUAAGUCAGACCUGCCGGCUGCCUUCAGGAAAUUACGCCAUUGUCCCCUCCACGUACUUGCCUGACACGGAGGGCAGUUUCACGGUGAUUGUAGCACGGAAGAUAGACAGGAAGAGCAUUUGGAGCAAGGAGACUUUGGGGCAAAGACUGCAAGAGAUUCUGCCUCAAGCAGCAAGAUUUUAGAACUCCUGGUUGGGAAUGCUGGGAAUUGAAAAUCCCCAUGUCUUGACCUCUGGAAGAAGAAAUGACGAACGAUGGCAGAAUGAAUAGCUGGUAAGUAGACCGGCUCUUCCUUUUUCUCUGUAAAUUGCCCUGUGGCACAAAGCAUUGUGUGGUAUUUUUAGAGUUAACUUAGAUGAUGCUGGGAGGGGAUGAUGUCUGAUAUGAUCCAUUCUUGUGGAUCAUAUCAGACACUGCCAUAAAUUCAGCUAAAAUAAAAAAACAUGAGUAUUUAUUAAGGAAUACAGUCAGGGAAGGGAAGGGAAUAAAAGUUAUUCUUUUAUGAUAAGCUGGGUAACUGUGGGAACUGUGGGGGUGGAUAUUGCCUAAAUUAUAUUAAAUAUAGCCUCCACCAAAAAGAAAAAAGAGAC